GCAUGCGCAAUCACUGCUUCCGCGACGUACCUAGCCAUCUUUCCAGUCAAGCAAAAGUGAUUGUUUUCAGCUUUAGUCUUAUUUAACGGAACUUUUAUUAAUGUCAGAGCCACAGUCCGCGCUUCUACUACGAAAACAAUUAGCAGGUAUCCAGCAAAAGCAGUUUAAGUGCUAAGUGUGAUCCGUGUCUUAAAUUCGAGCUCAACGAAAAGCCGGAACCGUUCUCGUACUCUAAACUCGUGCGAUCUCGUCAUCGUUGUGUUCUGACCCUCGAGAAUGGCUUUGUGAACAUUUUUUCUGCUGAUAUCUCAGUUUCUCAAAACUUCUGUAAUCUUAUAAUUAAAUAAAAACCCAGUAGAAGGGUUUUCAGCAGGCCUCAUAGAUGACAAUGACAUAUAUCAGUGGGAAGUGCUCAUUAUUGGACCUCCAGAUACAUUAUAUGAAGGUGGGUUUUUCAAAGCACACUUACAGUUUCCAAAAGAGUAUCCACUUAGGCCACCAAGAAUGAAAUUUAUAACAGAAAUAUGGCAUCCAAACAUCGAGAAGAAUGGCAAUGUAUGCAUAUCGAUUUUGCACGAACCUGGAGAUGAUAAAUGGGGUUAUGAAAAAGCAUCAGAACGGUGGUUACCAGUUCACACAGUUGAGACUAUCUUGAUAAGUGUUAUUAGUAUGCUCGCAGAUCCUAAUGAUGAAAGUCCUGCUAAUGUGGAUGCUGCCAAAGAGUGGAGGGAAAGUUAUGCAGAAUUCAAAAGAAAGGUGGCGAGGUGUGUCAGAAAAAGCCAAGAGGAGUGUUUGUAGGAGAUGAACAAUUAUUCAAAUGGAAAGACUUAUUUAAUUCCGGGAAGCCGUAAGCACUGUAAGAAAGAAACCGAUGCUCAGCAUUAAGCUAAUGGAUAACAGUGCCACUAAAAACGGAUAUAGCCUGACCCAUUCUUAAGCAGAAAAAGGGAGGCAGAGUAUGUGUGACAAUAAAAGAUAAAAUCACACAUCUCUAUGAAGUUUAUACCACCGCCACUGACGUACCAUCCAUUGAUACGAAGAACAUAAGGGAAAUACAUGCAGCUCACCUUUUACAUAAUAAACAACUAAAAAACUAAUUUACACAUAUACAUAAUACAAAAAAAAUUAUCUGUACGAUUAUUAUCUUAAUAUUGAUAGUUAUAAACUUAACUUCCCUGUUCCUCCUGCUCAAGAGUUAGCCCUCACCCCUUUACACCUAAAAGCCUGUAAUUUAAAAUGUUUACGUUUAUUAUUGAAUAAUAAUUCCUUAGUGGCGUUUCGUAUUUUCUUACUUUCGUAAAUAUACAUAAAUAAAUUUUUGUAAAGUCAAAUACACGGUAUAUAUAUGCUACAGUCGUUAAAUGUAAUGCCAGUAAAAAAUGGAAACGAAAUAUAUGUGAAUCAAUUGUGACACUGCGGCAAACAUAAUGUCGAUUAAACUGUACAAUCGCGGCUAUGUAAAGAGAUGAAAUUUCCGUUGAACCGUAAGUUGCCAAAAUAACGAAUUCUAAUUAAAGUGAUAAUAAUGCUAAUAACAAUAUUAUUAUUAGAAAUAAUAUCAUUAAUUACAAAUAGUAAACUUAACGUAAAAAUUUCGUACAUAACUACAAAAACUUUGUACGCAUUUUAACCAGUGCCAGUUUAUGAAGUGAUUAUUAAAAAAAAAAUUCUAUCUUUUUAAUUAUAUUUAAACUUGCGGUUCGAAGUCAUAGAUACAUUCAAAUUUUUUAUCCGACUACAUAUAAUUUCAUACUGUCAAUUAAAUUCUACAAUAUGGAAAA